CGGAUGUCAUCACCCUGCCUAUACCAGAACCCCAGUUCUGCGCACCAUACAACGGUACGACAUGCAGUGCCUACCUCCAGGGACGCAUUGUAAUGCACCACACCGCAGAGUCCAUACAACAGAGGGACACGGCGCUAAACACCCAGCUAGAAGAGCUGGUAGGUCGGGGUUUGUUCUCAGACGCCAUGGGUGGUGACUUGUGCGAAGACCCAGCACGGCGGAUGUUGUGUCACAUGGCUUUCCCAGACUGCCAUAACCAGACGAUCCAGGCAUUACAAGUUUGCAGAGAGAGCUGCCAGGCUGUCAAGUCUGUGUUUUGUUUCCGUCAUCUUGCGGAACUGGAGGACAUGAAAUCCACAGGCAAGCUGUCAAGCAACAUCGGCCUGCUGAGUCUAGCUGAUUGUCUAACAUUGCCCAGUAAAUGGAACUCCUCUGAGUUGUGUGUUGAGUCUGAUCAUCAUGGAUAUUCUCCCAGUUUAGUCCGAGAUGACUGUUAUGUGGAGAAAGGCCGCUGGUAUAACGGAACUGUCAGUGUCACCAAAUCUGGCCUAACUUGCCAGGCGUGGCUGGAAGUAUCUCCUCAAAAACACGACCGUUCACCUUUAAUAUUCCCAGAGCUGGUAGGGGCAGAGAAUUUUUGUCGCAACCCUGGUGGGGAAGAAAGUCAGCCGUGGUGCUACACAACUGACAUACAAUAUAGAUGGGAGAUCUGCGACAUUGAUCCAUGUG